AUGUGGGCCAGCAUAGGAAGCAAGUUCGGUAGAACCAAGAAUGUGAGAGGGCCGGUAUUUAGAUCGUGCAGAGAGAAGCUCAAAAAAAAGGUACCGGUGGUUGGAAGCCCGACCUUGGUAAGGGGUGCUGAAGAGAAACAUACAAGUUGGACUGGUGUCGCGGCGGAUCACGGCAGGGUAUCUCAGACUCGGAUAUGGGCAGAAACGUGCCAAAUGAUCCGUUUUUUGUACACAGUGGUCGCCUUACGGCUAGAACACGAAGAUUUGUAUUACGGCCCCUGCGUGCUAAAGGUCGAUGGGGGUGACAUAAGAGCAAUACAAGAAGGAUUACGGCAGAUGGUUAUCAGAUCAUCGUUGACACCUGAAGAGCUAAGAUCGAAGAUCACCAGUCAUAUGCCGUCAUCGCGACAUUUGAGUCCACGGCCUGAGGACUUGAGCCGAAGGGGUUUGAUUCAAAAGGUGAUCUGCGGUGGCGUACUCCUUGACACACCAAGUAAACAGAACAGCAAGCUGAUUUCACACGGCAUGCGAGCGUAUCGGGGGCAUCAAGUGUCGCUGAAACGUAUCGGUAUCAUGGAGCUCGAAACGUUUACGCUCCGUCGAUGGGUGUUAAUCACCUUCAAGGAGCAGUAGCUUGGCAGAAAAGACUACUACUUGUGCCUUUUUACAAAUGCGGGUCUCUCGGCUGCGGCACGCACUCCGAAGCGCAAGAGCUCUAAAUUUGCGAUGCGGUCCAUGAC